GUGUGACGGACGACGAGAGAAACAACGUAACGGAGUUGAAGAAAAAAGUGGCAACCAUUUUUCUCCGCGCGACGACGACGUUCCGUCCGUCGAUCAAAGCAGUCUCCAAGCAAAAUCGCGAGCUGUCGAAAGUUGUGGCCGUGCGCGUUUCGUCGUUUUUUUCGCGUAAUAUUUCGCGCGCCGUCGUGCCCUCCAGCGAUUCCCCACGGGUGUGGGUCCGGCGGUUCCGACGCGAGUGGCCGUACCCUGUUGAGGCGAAACUUCCCGACCAGAUCUCCCCGGGUCGUUCCGCAAAGAGUGAGUGUGUUGAAAAAAGAAGAAAGAGAAAAAAAGUUCGUCGCGCCAACCCUUCCGGAUUUUGGGGAGGAAAGAAGAGUUCCGGAUGUUUUAAGCGUUGGAUCCAGCAGGAGAAUCCCGAACCCGUUAUCGUUCCGGAGCAGGAUCGGUUCCCCCAUGGUACGCAGCAAAACAAUUGAAUCAUUUCGCGGACCAAGAAAUCUAACCCGCUAACAGCGCCAAAAAGAAGCAAUAACCAGGUCCCAGGUCUCUGCUGUCGCCGCUGCAGCCGCCCGCACGCCGGACAGCAGGAACCUUCCCACCGUCUCAACUCCAAAGGGCAUGUUUUCCACUUUUAUUGGACUAAUUGGAAAGCGUGUCCGCCGUGUCCCAGGUCCCAUGACCCAACCACUUCCUGGAGGAAAGCUGCCGCCGUUGCUUUGAAAAAUUGAUUUUCAGUUUUAUUUUUCGUUCCUUAAAAACAAGAGAGCUUCAAACACUAUCAAUACGACCGCCCCUCCCCUCCCCUGCCCCAAACUUUCUUCCUUUCCCCCGCAACAACAACAAAAACAGCUGGGAGGAGGAACAGCCAGCCAGCCAGCCAACCCACGGAGAGAGAAGGAACGCGCGCGCCGGAAACUGAUCAGAAAACGUGUUGUUGUUAUUCAUGAAUUUUAUAGAUAUUCAAUCAUGGUGGGAGGUCCCGUGCAUUGCUCACUACUGCUCGUUGUUUAGUGGCCCCUUCCAGUUGCCGGAUUUCGACAUCGAGGACCUCGAGGAAGCCCUGCUGACCGAUGCCGACACCGAGAGCGAGGUCGACCUGAACAAGGUGCUGUACACCGCCCGUCUGCUGCCGGAUCUGCUCGUGGCACUGCUGAAGGGUUGCGACGCGCUCAACAAGAUCGCCUCCCACAUCAGCCCGAGCAACUAUCAGAUGUUCUUGCGGCGUCUGUUCCGUCAGAAAUGCCAGGAAUACAACAUUGACGACAACCCGUUCAACACCGAUACGGACUUUGAGAAGCUGCCGCUGCGCACCAAAAUCCUCAUCUUGAAGUACCUGUGCGACUUUCGUCUGGACUCGGCUGACGUGUUCGCCACAUUUUCCAACCUCGAAGCGGACAGCCUGCGGGUGGAACCACUUGGCUACGACAGCAAGGGCUCCGCGUACUGGUACUUUUUCGGCACCCGUCUGUAUCGCGAGGACUACGAGGGUGGUGCCACCGGCAAGAAGAGCGCCAAAUCCAUUUCGUCCAAGGGUGGUGGUCGCUCCGUGUGGCAGGUCAUUUGCUUCACCGAGGAGGACUGGAAGAGUUUGGCCGGUAAGCUUGGCGGCUCGCGGAACGAGAACGAGCGCGCUUUGCACCAGCAGCUCGUGGAGAACUUUCUGCCCAACAUUCCGAAGAUCUUCCGCGACAAGGAGCGCGAGCGACGCAGCAAACUGCUGGCCCGCCGCACCUCGUCGCGCAUCAAAGUCUACGAGGAGCGCCGCCUGGUGGAUCUGUACCGCCAGCAGCAGGAGCUCGAGACGCGCAAGCAGCAGCGCGCGCUGCAGGAAAGCGUCACAAACACCCGGGCGAAGCUAAGCGAAAGCCGGGCCAAACGUGCCGAACGACGAUCACGCUCGAACUCGGUCACAAGUAUAGUAUCAACCUAUGCCAGCUCAGCCGAACCUCUCACGAGUGAUUUUAUUUUUCAGCCAAAAGAGCGCGAAAACAACCUAAUCGCAAAUACUACUUUUAGCAAGCAUCCUCACCGGCACGGCCACAAGCACCACCACCACCGUCAACGGCAACGCCGGCAUCAUCGCCGUCAUUCGACGCCACCGGUGGCGCCCUGUGGCGCAGCAUCUCCCUCGUCGGAGCUAGGCUCGGAACAAACGCGCAGCACCGCGACGGACAAUCUUGGGCUAGUGUCGUGUUCCACCUCCAAGCGGGACGAAGAAGAAGCGGAAGAACCGCGGUGUCGUGAAGUGGAAGAAGAAGACGACGACGUGCAGAUCGUCGAAGAACACGGGGACGAAGAUCUCGAAGAAACGGACAGUGUCAGUGUGAACAACAAUAACAACAAUACCGCAAAGUGCGCCGAACUUGGGUCGGGAGUGAGUGUCGCGAGCACGAGCAGUGGCAUCAGCAGCAGCCGCAAGCGCGGCAAAAGUGUCUGCUCCAGCGGAUCCGCGGCCAAUUCGUCGCCCACACCGCCCCCGCAACCACAACCGCCUCCGCCCGACGGGGACCAAUCGGUGAAGAAGCGUCGCCCGCGGAAGGGCUUCAGUGCGGAGAUCGAAGGGUUGCUGCAGUACAACCGAAACAUGGCGCCGACCACGACGAAGCUGCCCGGCCGGCAAACGAACAACUCGCUGUCGUCGGUCACGGGGCCGGUGAUUUUGCCGUUUGCCGAUACGCCCACGCCGCCGCCGACGGCGACGACGACGACGAUUUCGCAAGCGUCGUCAAAGGGUGGCGGCACGGCGCCGGAGAAAAAGGAGGGCAAGGACGGGAAGGAAUCGGCGGCGGCGUCCGGUGGUGAGAAAAACGCUGCUGCCGGCGGUGGACGGAAGAAGAAGAACAAGGCGUCGGAAGUUUUCACCACAACAAUCUCGUCCACUCUGAUCUCGUCGUUUAGCUUCACCGAAACCGAGGAGGUGCUGCAGAUCGGCAUGCACAAGGUGCUCGAGUACAUCAAGAACCACGACGACGCGUGGCCGUUCAUGGACCCGGUCGACGAGGACAUUGCGCCGCGCUACUACUCCAUCAUCCGGCGCCCGAUGGAUCUGCAAAAGAUGGAGGAAAAGCUAGACAACGGGGAGUACCUGACGUUCGCCGAUUUCCGCAACGACUUCAAGCUGAUCGUGAACAACUGCCGGCUGUACAAUGGUCAAGCCAAUGAAUACACCGAGAUGGUCAACAACCUGCAGAUUGCGUUCGAGAAGGCCACCAAGCGCCACUUUGACUCGAACUCGUCGGACGAGGAGCAGCAAACGCUCGAGUAUCCGAUCUUCAAGGAGAAGCCAGCGGCGGCGGCGGCGACGACAUCGUCGUCGGCCGGAGGUGGCAAAAGCCUGAACGACGACUCCGCCGCCAAGAAGGACUCCGGAAGCAAGAAGAACCAAAAAAGCAGCAGCAGCAAGAAGGACUCCAAAGUGAAGGAUCGCAAGAGUGGUGGGAAAACCAGUGAGAUUAGUGACGAGGGCAAGCCCAAGUCAAGCGGUGACAAGGGAAGCGCGAAGAAGAGCAGUAAAUCUAGUGAACCGGAAGCGAAUAAAUCUGCGGGGGGUAAUAAAAACUCCAAGAGUUUGAAGCGCAAGCGGAAAGAGAAGGACAAGGUGGGCAAAGGUGGCAGCAGUAAAAAGUUUAAACGCAACGACGACAGCAGUGACGGCGAGGAAGACGAGCUGUCGGUGGAAGACGACGAGGACGAGGAGGAAGACGACGGUGUGCGGAAAAGUGACCGGGAAGAAGUGGUCUCCGAGGGGGAAGAUGUACGGAGAUCGCCUUCGCCGGUGAUGUACGAGGGUAAAAAGAAGAGCGCGGCCAAAGCGAAGAAGCGCGAAGCGGAAAAGGUGAAGGAAAAGAGCAAGAGCGGCAAAGUUAAGAGGGAAGAGAAGAAGUCGUCGAACAAACGGGGCAGAAAGAAGUCGAGGUCGCGAUCGCCGCCGCGAUCGCGGACGCCUUCGCCGAGUCCUGUAGCGAGCCGGUCGUCGACGCCGCUGAAGAAGGCGGGCACGCCGGUGAAGGGGAGGAACAAGAAGCUGGACAGCAGCUCGGUCAGCAGUUUGAACUCGUCGCAAGCGACGCCGGUGAAGAAGCGUGGCAAGAAGCAGCAGCAGAAGGAGUUGCCGCCGAGUGAGGACGAGUUGGACGUUACGGAGGAAGAGGUGCCGACGCCGGUGAAGAAGCGAGGCAAGAAGCAGCCGGAGUUGCCGCCGAGUGAGGACGAGCUUAACGUUACCGAGGAGGAUUUGGUGAAGCCGCCGCCGGCGGCGCCCGAGGAAGAGGAGGAUCGGGAGACGGACCUGAGCAACUUUGCGGAUAUCGAUGAUAUUCGUGAGGGCCGGGUUAAAGAUGAGGAAGUCCGAAAAGACUCCGAUGGCGGCGGAAGUGUGGAGAACGCACCAAGCAAGGGUGAAGGCAAGAAGGGAAAGAAGAACAAAAAGAGCAGCCAGAAAUCAGGGAAAUCCAAAGGAAAGAGCAAAGACGAGGAAAAGGUCAAGAAGAGCAAGUCGAAGAGUAAAAGUGGCAAGAGUAAAAAGUCCAAGAGCAAGAGCUUUGAAACUUCGUCGAUAGUGUCGUCGAGCGAGGACGAACCUUUAGUAGAACCGCCAAAGGAAAAGAAGAAACACCACAAGGAGAAGGAAAUCAAAAGUGCCUCAAAGAAACAACCGAAGGAUUUCUCCAAGUACACGACGCUUCCGCGCGGCGAUCGCAGCCGUUCCCGGAGCUUCUCCCGGUCGCCAAGUCCGGCGGCGCCCUCAAUCCACGAGGAACGUGGAUACUCUUCCAUGUCGGAACGAUCGGUGAAUUUCGACGACGACGAGAAACCCGCGGUUCCCGCUCGACCCAUCACGCCGGACAUCAUCGACAAGUACGAUCUCAUCAAGCAGCGACGUCGCAACCAAACGGCCUCGGUUCCGCCGACCGCCAGCACCACCCCGUCAUCUUCCACAUCCAGUGAAAAACCCGCCAAGCAAAAGUCCAAAUCUUCGGACGCUGCCGGCGGCGGCGGCAGCAGCCGUAAAAAGCAGAAACACAACCAGAGUACCAGUUCAAGUGCCUCGACAGACGCCGCCCCUUCAACGCCCAGUACGGCCACCAAACCCGCAAAGGUCAAGGAGGAAAAGUCCUCCUCCAAAGGAGCGAAGGAAUCCAGUGGGAAGAGCAAAAAGAAACGGAACCGAUCGGUUGAAGCGAGUCCGCCUGCGACGCCGGUGGCGGAUCGCUCGCGAUCUCCCGUUUGGACGGUUCCGGAAGUGCCGGCUGAAAAGACCCGCCCGUCUUACAAAGACGAGAAGGUGGAGCCGGACAAGAAGGCCGACCCCAGCGACGAGUACGACUUUGUGGACGAUUCGCCGACCGAAGCGGUAACGCCAAAGAUCCCCUCCCCGGUACCUUCACCAGUGGAAAAACCGCCAAAACCUCCCAAAACCAAGUCGGAAUCGCAGAAGAAGCCGUCGCAAAAGUCCGGCAAAGCGAACGCCACUAAACCUCCGAGCGCGCCGGCCAACAAACAAUCCAAAGGAGGUGGAGCCACUUCCGCCGGCGCUGCCGGUGGUGCCAACAUGGAAGCCCUGGAACUGGAAACCGAGCAGACCCUCAAGGACAUCAACAAGUGGUUGGAGAACACGCCCCGCUUCAGCGAGUACAGCUCGGCGAGCAAUUCCCCCUCGCGGUACAUUAUGGACGAUCUGGACGCGGUCACGGCCAAAAUAGACGCCGCUGACUUCCGCAAACCGAUCACGUUGGCGCAAAUCCCACCCGAGGAAGCCGACAAGCCUCCGAUCAUCCUUUCCCCACGAGCAAACGACCCGCCACCAUUGACAGCUGCCCUGUCGUCGGCACCACCUCCAGUUGCCACUCCAAAAGAACCGCCAGUCGUCAAACCGGCAAAGCAACCAAAAGACCACGAAGCGACCCCGAACAUCAACAACAACACCAGCAGUACUCCAAUUCCAACCCCGCAACCCCCAAAACCCCAGUCAACGCCAGCACCAACCCCGCCAGUCGCCGCGACGACACCAGCGCCCCCACCCUCGGAACGACCCCCCCUGGGACCACCCCCGAUAAUUCCGCCCCACUCGCAGAAAAAGGAACCGAAAGAGCCCAAGCGCAAGUCGCUCAAGGAGAAGCUCAGCCAGCUGGGCAAGCAAAAGCGGGACACCGUCCACCGGACGAUCGACCGGCUGCAGCCGGGCAAGUCCAAGGGCAACCUGCUCAGCAGCAUCCAGAAUCUCAACAAGCCGGAGGAGCUGUUCCCGCUGGGGGCGGGCGCCGCCGGUCCGGGCGGGCUCGGCCCGAGCAAGGUCAAGGAGGUGAAGAACUCGCUGAUCGUCAAGACGGACGAGUCGAAGCCGAAGCUGAGUUUGGGCACGGUGCUGAUUACGGAGGGGUUCGGACUUGGGCAGCAGCACGCGUUUGCGGACGAGAAGAAGGAAGGUGGUGAAGAGGCACCUGGGAAGGUUAGUGUUGACGAGAAGAAGUUUGGCGAAACGGAACAACCUGCGUUGAACAGUUCGAAGGACAGUGAUGACGGUGCAGCGGCGAAACUGUUGGUUCUGGAGGACAUGAAGGCUGCCAAGGCGGAGCUCGCCAAAACAGAUCCCGGCAAGGUGGUUGAAUCGCCGGAGAAGGUCAUCAAGGCGAUCGCCAAAUCGGACAAACCGUCGGCGACUCCGAACCUGUCGGCGUGGUUCAAGGCGUUUGGCGCGCCAAAGAAACCGAAGAAAUCCGACGACGGCGAAGAAGGCGGCAGUAAGAACUCACCGGAAGGUGAGGGCAAGGGCGGAGAAAAUACUUCCCCGUCGGAUUCUGGCUUGAACGUACCGCUGGUGCCCAGCUUGGAAAGCCCCAGCUAUCCGUCGUUGCCACCGGCGCCGCGGCAGCGGAAGGCGAGUACGGGAAGUACCGUUUCGGAGCGAUCCUCGUACAGUCAAGAUCCGGACAGCCCACGGAUUGGUAUUGACGAACGGAUCGGAGUCUACCCGGCGCCUUAUCCCAGCCCGAUGGGAGCAUCUCCGGUGAUGACUUCGCCGCGCAUGGAUGAAACGCAAAAGAGUCCGUACCCGUUGAACGGAGCCAUCAAGGUGGGCUUCUACCAGGACACCACGACCAAAAGCAGUCCGGAGAAGAGCUGCAGCCCAAGGGAGUUGCCACCGUCCCCCUACCCGCAGUACUCACAACAUCUGUACACGGCCAACUCCGGAAUGGCCGGUGGUACCAACAAUAUGUAUGGAAACAAUUACGCUUACGGUGCCACGACGCCAAACGCUCCGACAGCCCCAACGGCACCAUCCACGGCCAACACGACGGACACGUUCAAGAACUACGACCAGUACAAACAGCCGGCCUCCCAGGAAUCGGACUACAACUCAUCGAUGAGCCCUAGCACGAACCCCAACUCGCCCUACCACAACCAGGCGUCGUCUCCGUACCAGCAGCAACCCAACUCGCCGUACCAACAGCCGCAAAACCAAAACUUUGCCCAGCAGCAGCAGUCAUCGAUUGCGUCGCCGGCCUCGUCCGGACCGCUGUCCCCCUACAGCAACGCCUCACUAGCACCUCAAUCGUCAGUACAACAAAGCCCGGCCCAGUCCGUGAGCGGUCACUCGCCUUUCAACCCAUCGCCAACGUCGCCUUAUCAAACGCCACAACAUCCAUCGCAGCAGAACCAACCCCAACAGCAGCAGCCGACUCAAGCGCAAAAGCCCGCCCCAACGCCCCAAUCCAAACCAAAUACGCCCAUCCACCAAAGUCCAAACUCGCCGUUCUCCCAGUCGAACCACAGCUCACCCUACUCCCAGCAGGACCCCAACUCGCCGUACUCCCAGGGCCAACUGUCCCCCUUCCAGCCAAUGUCCCCGAAACCCCCGACCGUGCCCGCCGCCGCCGCCACCACCAACAACAGCCUCAAGCUGGCACCGCCAAUAAUAACGCCCCAGCAAGCGGCGGCGGCCGCCGGCGUCACACUCCCCGACUCGCCCGUCAACACGCUGUCCCAAACGUCACCGCACCAAAACACCGGAUCUCAGCUGCAGCAGCCUCAACAACCGUCACCCCAGCAGCAGCAGCAACAGCAACUAAAUGCCCACUCGGGUUGGAAUCAACAGCAGACCACAUAUUCGCAGUACGCGUCGUCGGCGACGUCGUCGGUGGAUGGAGGAAGCACGUUGGGAACGAAUCUUCCGGCACCGGCGCACAUGCAUCAUCACCCGCAGCAGCAAAUGGCGGCGCCGCAAACGCAACAGCAGCAGCAGCAAAUUAAGCCGCAGCUCAUGGAUGCAAGUUCGAAUAGUCAACAACAGCAGCAGCAGCAGCAGCAGGCCCAUCCAUCGUGCCAGCAACAGCAACCGCAGCAGCAUCAUCCAAACUUGAGCAACCUGACGCCAGCGCACAGCCAGUCGUCGUCCAACCUGCAGCAGCAGCAGCAACACCAACAAUCGCAACACCAACAGCACAGUCAUCUGAGCAACUUGCUGAGCAACAACCCUUACACGUCCAACUACGGCCGUCAAGCGUACGAACAGCAGCAACACGUUGGGCAGCCGGACAAGGGCGUCAAAGUACCUGAGCUUAUCAAUUUGGGCUAUAACAGUGGCAGUAACGAGAGCAGUGCCAGCAGCAAGAGUCAGCAAUUGCAACAGCAACAGCAGCAGCAGCAGCAACAGGAGAUGCCGAUGAACAUGGGGAAUAAAGUGGCGGCGGUGGAGGUGGCCAAGGAGCAGGCCAGCAAGCAGCAGCAGAUGUUCGAACUGAUGGGUUCGAUGGCGUACGGUAAUCCGAUGGACAUUUCAAUCAGCAAGAGUAAGGCCUUCGAUAUGUUUAAUCGGGCGGCUACGAUGACCUUCCCGAGGGGUUUUCCGAGUGGGCAACCGCAGGACGUUGGGAAAAUGGGUUACGGGGGAGGAUCGGGGUACGAUCAGCAGCAGAUGGUGACGAACACGAAUAAGGCCCACGAUAUGAGCGGAUCCAAUCCGUACGGCGUGCCGCAGCAUCAUCAGCAGCCCCAGCAGCAGGCUCAUCAGCCGAAGGUGAAUCAGAGUGCGGCAGCUUCGUCGAGUGGUCCGUACGAUCAGCGAUCGAGCGUUCAACAGCAACAGCAGCAGCAUCAUCAGGCGCCUUCCCAGGCCAACAUGGAUCUCAACACCGGGUACAAAUCGUUUGGCGGAACGCCUUCGUCUACGCUGAUGGAUCCGGCACUGCGAAAUUUGGCAUCGCUGUCCUCGCUGUAUCAACCCGAGGCCAGUUAUUACGACAAGAACAUGCCUCCGGCGGCGCACAGUAUGUUCAAGAGUUCCGGCGGAGUCGUCCCCUCGUCGGCCUCGUCGACGUCUGCGUUGCAACAGAUAUUCAACAACUCGAUGGCGACCACGAUGGCGUACAACGCGGCGGCCGCUAGUAGGGAUCAGCAGGGAGCGGCGGCGGCGUACGGCGGGAAUUACCACCAUCAACCCCAGCAGAAGGCUCCACUGAACGUACCUUCGGUGCAACCUCCAGCGCCACCCGUGGAGAAGCCAAAAAGAGGUCGCAAGAAGAAACAAGAUCCGCAAGAGCUGUUGCAACAGCAGCAGCAGCAGCAAGCGGCUCUUCAACAGGCCCAUCAGCUCCAGCAACAGCAACCCAACCCGGCCCAUCAGGGAUUCCAGUCGUACUCGGGCAUGAAGUCGAGCCAACCGCCAAGUUCUUCCAGCAACCAACAGUCCGGCGGGUCGUCAUCGUUGGCGAACGCCGGCUCCGGUAACGCGAAUGCCGUUGAGCCAUCAGCGAUUUCGCUGAAAACGGCCAACGUGCUCCAGGGCAGUGCGUUCAACUUUGGCCCGGGCCCGGCCGGACUCGGUCUUCCGACGAGUCUGUACGGCGAAAACUCGCCCUACCUGGAAGAGUUCCGAACCAACCCCACAAACGCUUACCCUUACCUUCCAUCUAGUCACCGAGGGUCAGCCGCUUCCAGUGGGGCAGUCGGAGCGGCCGCUUCCGCCGCCGCAGACGGGUCGGACAAAUCCAUCAACCCGGCAGCUUCGUCGGCCUCGGCCGUCCCAGUUGCCCCCUCGCCCUACCACCAGUUUCUGUCCCAUCCGUCGUCCCGCCCGUCCCCGUACCAGUUUAUGAACCAGCUCGAUCCGCUGCACCAGCAGUACAUGAUGCUGAACCAAAGUCUCGGGCUGGGCGCACCCGGAGCGCACGGACCUCCGGGCGCGUACGGCGGUCAACCGGGCGCGUACCAUCCGGCCCUCGGAAUGCACAAGACGCCGUACGACGCGAUGAAUACGAUGAACCGACCGCCGUGGAUAUAACAGCAGCAGGACGUUGCCACGCCCGGGAAGGGCGGUGGUGACGGCAUGGCUUCGACGACGGCCGGAGCGACCAGCAGUGAGCAACCUCCUCCGACGAGGGAGUCCACUGGUGGCGUAGGUGUCGUGACGCGGAACGAAUCCGUGGUUUGGGACGCCCGGCGGAACCAUCAUGGGAGCUUUUAGAGGGCGAGCAACGGUGAUUUUUAAUUUUAAAGUGUUUAUUUUUUCUUCUCGUUGGAGGCAGGGAAUAAUGGUGUUUUUAAAAUACUUUAAAAAUCUAGAUUAUUGAGAGAAGAUUCUGGUUGAUUGGGAACAAACCAAUCAGGCCAAUUUAAAGUGUGUACUAUUUUAGUGUAAAAUUUGUAGUGCUAGAUUUAGAAACGUUUUUUGUAUAGCCUUUAAAAAAUAUCAACACAUUAUAUUUUUCAUUUUUACUGAAAAAUAACUGUAUUUUACAAGACGUGCGCGCACGCGCGCUGCUACUCAAUAAAAGUGGAUCCGCAAUCGAGCCAUACUUCGGGAGAGGAACUUUUAAUUGUGCGUGCAAUAUCAAAGUUUGUAGUUGGUCUCCGUAGACACAGAUUACCUUUCGUGCCCUUGAUGAAUCCACAAAGUGGUCGCGCAAGGAAGGAUGGCGCGCAAAGAAUGUGCAGUGAUGAAUAGUUAAUUUACGACCCCUCUUUGGAUAAUUGUUAAAUGUUGUCUUUUUGAUUAGUUUUUUUUACCUCUCUAUUUUUGUUUCUUAACUGAUAAUGCAAUGUCGCGAUCCCAGAUUAGCAAAAUAAUGAAAAAAAAGCCUUCCAAAAGGUCAUCAAUUGUGCUAAGGUAAAUAAUAAAUGUGAAACAAGUUAGAUUAAAUCGUUACUUUCGUCGUUUUAGGUUAGCGAAACUGUCUUAUUCUCACUUCCACUCUUAGAUGUAAACCGAACCAAAUGAGAUUAAACCAAACUAACGGUUUCACGGUUAUGCUUUACAAGAGCUGUUUUACCCAAUUCAUUGAAACUGUGUUCUGUUUCUUGCUGCUGGGAAAAAAAUCAAAGGGCAAUUCUCUACGAAUUCGGCCGAUUUCGAGCAUUUUAAUUUUUGUCUGGUUUUAUUUUAUUUGGCUCAAUUUUUGUGUUUACCCAUAAAAAUCUCCAUACAAUUUUGGCAGCUGUUCAUGCAAAAAUGGUACGUAAAUAUUGGAAAAUCUGUAACUUUUCAAGGAAUCUUUUGAUUGAUUGGUGUCUUCGGCAAAGUUGUAGGUAUUGAUGAGGACUAUUCAGAAACAAUAGCUACACGGAAGAAAAAAAAAAUGUGAUUUUUCAAUUAACCCUCUACUGCCCAAAUUUUUUAUUUUUCCCGUGUUUAGAAGGUCGUUUUGAGCAACUUUUGUUUUACGAAAAACUUCACUUCUCUUGUUUUGUGUUUUUCUUGUUUCAUUUUAUGUAUUUUAAUUUGCAUUUAUCUUGUUUAGUUCACGUUUGUUUUUGGUAGUACUUGGCCUUUUCUACCACCUCCUAUCAUUACAUUUUGCCUAUCUAAUUUUUUCGUGUUUAUACUGUCACUUUUCAAUUUUUUGCUUGUUUUUCACAUUUUCUGCUAUAAAAUGUCAUCAUUAUCACUUAAAUUGUAAAAAAUGCGUAGAGGCAUAGUCUGGAACACUACAAAAAUUACUGCACACUUCUUUUUACUUAAAAUAUAGGAAAUGCUAGUUAAAAACACAGCCAAAGUUGACCCUAAAAAAAUUUUUUUUUAGAACAUUGGCAAAGUUACAUAAAACAAGUCAAACUUCCAACCCUUAAACUUUCUAAAAUUUUAAGAACUCUUCUUUCCAAUGCUUUUUAAAAACCAAAAAUUGAUUUUUGGCGAUUUUUUAUAUCAAAUCCCGUUUAAAGUGAGGGUUGGGUUGUCGCGGGUUAGCUUUUUUCACAAAAAAUCAAUUUCCCAAAAUCCAUAUUUUUAGAUUUUUGAAAUUUUUUAUGUUGCGGAUUUCAUUUUUUUUAAAUCAAGACUAACAUUUAAAAAGGGCGUAAUAUUGAAUGUUUGGCCCUUUUGAAAUGCUAGAGUUGGUUUUAUUUUUUUGAAAAUUUUGUUUUCGAAAAGAUCGGAAAAUUUCACGAAUGUUUCAUAUUUUAACAAUCAAAAUCGGACCAUUGGUUGCUGAGAUAUCGACAUUAGAAAAUAAUGGGUUGUUUGGGUGAGGGUUAGAAAACAUCAAUUUUUCUGUUUUUGAAUCUUUGCAUGGCAGUUUCUCAGCAACUAAGGGUCGUAUCAACAAAGUUUAAAAAAUCAAAAUAUAGAGAAUUUUCUCUGCUUUUCAAAAAUAUUUUUUUCAAAAGUGAGCAAACAUGGGCACCAAUUUGAAAAAAUCAUAACUGCGACUAUUUUCAAAAAAGUUACCUAAAGAUGGCUAUAACUUGAAAACGGUGCACUUUAUCAAAAUUCCACUAGAGUACAUUUUGAUUGCAAAUUCGAUUUCACAUCGAAAAAUGAGGUUUGCAACCAGUAUUUCGAUUUUUUGAAAAAAAUCAGUAUUGAUUCAAAAAAUCAUAACUCGGUCAAAAAAUUUUUGCCCGUUCUGGAAAUUUCUGAAAAGUUUGCAUUUGAUGUCCCCUAAAACAUAUCAGAAAAAAAUGUGUUUACUUGCAAAUCAAGAUUUAGUGACAAAAACUGAAAUUUAAAAUCACCAAACUUUUUUUACCGAAUAUAUUUUUUUAAGUGUAGUCCUUAUCCAUACCUACACCUUUGCCGAAGACACCAAAACGAUCAAAUAAUUAUUUUAAAAGAUACAGAUUUUUGAAUUUUCAUUUUUGUAUGGACAGCUGCCAAAUUUGUAUGGAAAAUUAUAUGGACAAACUAAUGAUACAAAAUGGCUUCUUUGGGCAUUCCGAAGGUACCAACAAAGUUUCAGCCGGUUUAAAAAAAAAUAAAAAAAAUCCCGUUUUCGUAGAGAUUUGCUCUGCUGUAAAAAAAUCAAACUAUUGUUUAAAAAGAAAAAACAAACGCGAAGCGCUUAUAUUCUCUCUCAGAAGUGGACAACAAUCGCACCAAAAAAUAAUACACGCUACCUACCACACGAAAUAUUCAGGAUAUGCAACACACCGCAAAUAGCAAGAUAAACGUAAACGUAAAACCAACAUUCCAGUUCGGCCACGAACUGUGUAACAAAAAUCACACAAGAAAAGCAAGUUUAACUUAUCGCUUAUACACAUUGAAACACUCACACAAACUCACACGUAGGAAUCUUUUCUUAUGCCUUUUUUAGAAACGAUACAAAAAAAGCAAAACAAUAAACCGCGUUAGAGAUAUAUCAGGACGACAACAAUACAAAAGUAAAAGUACUUGUAGAAUUCUAAACCGAACAAAAACAAAAAACAUCAAGCAAAUCACACACACCACAAACUUAGCCUUUUUGAAAAACAAAUAGUAGAAACCAGGUAAAACCACUCGGCGCGAACUGGGUCAUCUGUCGAAAGCGAGAAAUUCUUGAGAGGCGAAUGAUCGUGUUAUCAUUGAAUCAAAAUAAAACAAAAAACGUGCAGAGAACGCACUCAAAUCUUACGAUUCGUUAUUCAGCCUGUAAAUACACAAACACACAACUCUAUUUCAAGUUUUUAUUGUUUAUCUAUUCAGGUCAGCGUUCGAAGCAAAAUCAAAACUACAACCAAGCAUAUAAUUUGUAAGCGUGUGUAAAUAUUUAGUUUUUAAUUGCGCGAUCUAAAAGUACGUUUUCCGUUACUUUAACUGAAAUGUGAAGAAAGAUCAAACACCCGUACACAAUAUCUUUAUCGAUGUUUGCGUAGCAUCUAACAGAUCGAGUAAACAGGAGUAGCAAAAUAAAAAAGAUAAAACAAAAACAUAUGGAAAUGUUUGAAAAAACUUUGUGUACUGGAAAACUUAAGAUUUAGUGACAAAUCUAAAACAAACAACAAAAAAAUGCCGAAUAGGGCACAAUUUAUGUUUUCAUCUUUGGGGUAAAUCAACAUGUUAUUUAAUAAAUAAAUUAAACCAUAUAAAUAUAUACACACAACAACAACAAGGUAAACAAGAUUAGUUUUAUAGAUACGCUAUAAAAGAAAAAAGAAACACAUGUAACUGCGUAAGUAAAGGGCAGAAAAAUAUAUUAUUAUAAUUAUUAUUACUGAGAGAAUAACGUUACAACAAUUGAGGACACAGCAUACAAAUAUAAACAACAAUACAAACUACAAAAAAAAGUGUGUGGAAGUAGUAGAAAAAAAUAUACAAAAUAAACUGUGAAUGAGACAAGUGUAAAUGAAAAAUAAAAUGAAAAAAUAUAUUUAAA